UGUAGACGGCCUUCGGAUCACGGCAUGUUUUUCUUGCUAUCGGGAAUUAUAUUGAGCUAUCAGCAGUUCCGAUAGGCCCACCAUCACGCAACUUCGGGACUGCCGAGUCUAUCAUUCGCCCAUCCGUCGAUCUAGAAUAACUACACAUCACUAGUCGACGGUGAUACGGAUGACGUCUCAACCCUCCUUUGUUAUCGUUGAAUGAAUCACUGAAUGAAUCAUACGUUCGUCUGUCAUAUGUUGAAUCUCCUGGAUCUGUACGGUAUUUGACUUAGACUUUUAUAUUCAACGCAUUCUCUCCGACGAAAGUAAUGCAUAGGGGUAGAACAAUAAUGACCUAUACACAUUUCACAUUUCACCUAUCACCAUCCCUCACUGCUGAACAGUAUCGUUUUCAUAUCUUCAUAAACACGUGAUUCUUCUUCAACUACCUCUGUCAUUCUUCGCAGGUAAUGGCUGCGUAUCUCCCUUUAGAGAUCAUCCAGUCCAUCCUCCUCCACGUCGAUGUGGAAACCUAUAUUGCCACACGGCAGACAUGUCGCUCCUGGCAAUGUGCAGCUUCAGCGCCGUAUAUGCUGAAGAAAGCUCUACAGCAAGUUCCGGCGUCACUACCCUCUACGAUCAACGCCCUAUCCCCAGACGAAUGGACCAAAUACUUCACGCAGAUCACCAGAUUGAAUCUACUACAAUAUCGACAGGAUGUUCGGAAAUCGGUGACCCAACGAGACCUACCCCAAGACUGCACACCUACUACCGUGGUGGGCGCUUCCACGGAUGGACGGAAGCUAGUGUGCUUGAAAGGAGGGCGGGCGACCGUGUACGAGCGUGUAAACGCGACAAGUCCAUGGAAGUACUCCCGGGGUAUAACACUAUGUUCGCAGUGGACCUCCGUCGCUCGUGCCAUGGUAGAAGGGGGAAGCGCAGGCUGCAUGUCGAUCAAUCAACGAUACGCAAAACAAAGCAUCGCUGUCUCCUCUCAAGGGGACCUCAUCGCCAUAGGGUUGGGGAAAACAAUCCAAAUCUACAGUCUCCGUAAUGACCAAAGUGACAAUCUUCUAUCUCCCGCAGAAUAUGUACUAGGCAAGGAUGACUCGUUGACUAGCACUACAAGAGGCCAUUACGAGGACACAGACGGCGUCGUAGAUUCCCUGGAAUUCGCAGAUGACGACGCUCUCCUCCGCGUGGCUAUCAACAAAGAAACAACCAUCCAUCAACCUACCCGAGUGCGGUACUUGGGCUUUCCGAGCGUCGUAAACAACCCCGACCUCAACUACUGGAGAGCAAACAUCGGUCGGAUCUACCUUGAUUCAGCAGCUUUAUCGGUGGCGCUUGCAGAACAAGACGAAUACCGAUUAAUCUUUAGAGGUCUUCGACUCCUUCCCCCUUCAUUCCCCGCAACGCAACAAGAACAGCCACCGCAAGAGGGCCAGCAAGCCUCACCUUCAGCGCAAGGAUCCACACGCUACUUCGUCGCAUCUCUCCAGUCAGGCGUCAUUCACGGAUACUGUAUCGGCCUCGCAACCCCCAUCACAUCCGACACCCCCCAAACAGUCAAAAUCCACCGACUCCUUCCAUCCGCCUACUUUCGCCCUGGAGACGGUAUCUCAGGCAGUCGCACAGCAGAACUACCGCCACUAAACCCACCUUUCCCAUCCAGCAAGUGCGACGAGCAACACACCAGAUAUAAUCUCCUUGAUACCGUCCCUCGGUGGGACGCCUGCAACCUCCCCUCCGCAACCUUCCCUUCCCCCCUCCUCUCCAUCUCCCCCGACAACAAAAUCCUCGCCCUCUACGAACCAAGCGGCAACUACUCGCCCACCAUCGUCUCCGGCGGCUCAUUGUACCUAUACUGUCUCGAAAACUGCCAUCCCAUAUACCAACCCGGUCCCCAAAGAUUCAAACAACCAACCGAGAAAACCUCCCUCCCUCACCAGCGCGCCAAUAGCCCAGAUGACAAAUUCAGCGUCGACACCAGAUAUCCUCCCCCAGAUAUUGUUCCAUCCUGGCCGUUCCUUCUUGACAAAGUCCCCAUUGACCUUGACGGUCUUGAAGUGAAACGGUGCCGACAUGAGGAAAAUGGAGCUAUCAAGAAGACUUGUGCAUACACCGUUACCGCGCGUUCAGGCGCACAGGUCUUAGAAUGGCGAUUGAGCGGCUAGGAGAUUCGUUGGAUGUUCUGAGAUUUCUUCUUUCUCUCCUUAAUGUUUUCUUUCUUCUCUUUCUCCUUCUUUAUUCAGAUAGACGGCCAUAUUACAUUUAAUAUAUUUCAUGGGAUAGAUAGCGGGCAAUAUCUUAGUCUUUAACAGUUCUUAUUAAGAGACAACUGUUAGGCCAGGGCGUUAUAAUCAAACAAACAUAAUAAUUUUGCAGUAAUUUAUAUAUAAA